CGAAGAAGGAAACUCCCUUCCUCCCGUUUGAGCGCGACCCCCAACCGCACAGAGCGAUCCAGUUCCACUCCGAUCUCUAAACCGUGAAAGUGGUGAAAACGUGCUUAUUUAUUUGACUUCUGGAAUAACCGUGAGCGAAUCGUAAUUCAUACUAAUGGCAUCUGGAGUAACCGUAGCAGACGCCUGCAAGACAGUGUACGAAGAAAUUAAGAAAGACAAGAAACAUCGGUAUGUGAUUUUUCACAUCAAGGACGAACUGCAAAUCGACGUAGAACUAAUUGCACCUCGUGAAGCAACCUACGAUGCUUUCCUCGCGGACUUGCAGAAAGGUGGAGCCGAAGAAUGUCGCUAUGGUCUAUUUGACUUUGAAUAUACCCACCAGUGUCAGGGUACCUCAGAGGCAUCCAAGAAACAGAAACUUUUCCUGAUGUCAUGGUGCCCGGAUACCGCUAAAAUUAAGAAGAAGAUGUUGUACUCUAGCUCGUUUGAUGCCCUGAAGAAAUCGAUGGUUGGUGUGCACAAGUCUAUUCAAGCAACGGAUCAUGCGGAAGCUUCAGAAGAGGUUGUCGAAGAGAAACUUCGAGCCAAUGACCGAAAUUAAAAUACUAAUUUCCAAUAACGCCCAAAAUAAUAAUUAUUGAAUAAAACAAAAAAACAAAAAAAAAGGUAAACGAAAAAUUCCCUGCCCAUUUACCGAUCACCUUGUACCAUAUAACUUCAAAGUUUAUCUUACCAUUUUACAACAUUUUUUCACUCAUUGCAGCCAAUUAUUGUUAGUCAUCAUGCUACAUUUAUGAUUAUCAUUCAACAAGAUAAGGGCGGGAGUGGUUGAGGCCGAAAAAGAAGGGAAAUCGAGAGGUACAGGUGUUGAUUAAUGAAAAAAAAAAGAAAACAAAUAGGGCGUGGCGGGAAAAACCAUUUUUCAUAUUGUGAACGUUGUGUGAAUCUGUCUGAUAUAUACCUAAUAUUAAUAUUCUGCUACUAUGAUAAUAUGAUAAUGUAAUGAUUAUUAUUAUUGAGAUGAAGAUAAAGAAAAAAUCCCAAAAAAAUAAAAUAAAAUGAAAGAAACAAAACAAAGAAACGGGGUAGAAAAGAAAUGUGCGCAACAGUUUACAAAAAAAAAAAAAUAUUAAAAUAAAGUAAGAAUUUACCAAUGGAGUAAAAGAAAAAAAGAACAGUAAGCAUAAAUGACAAAAAUUUAGCGUUUUUGUCACUGGCUGUAAUAAUGAUUAAAUUAAACUCAUUUCAUAAUGA